AUGAGCACAUCCGCCAGCGGUCCAGAACACGAGUUCGUUAGUAAAUUCUUGACCUUAGCCACUUUAACUGAACCGAAGCUACCAAAAAGCUAUACUAAACCUCUGAAGGAUGUUACCAAUUUGGGUGUCCCGUUGCCUACUUUGAAGUAUAAAUAUAAGCAGAAUCGUGCCAAGAAGUUAAAACUGCACCAAGAUCAGCAAGGUCAAGACAACGCCGCCGUCCACUUAACCUUAAAGAAAAUUCAAGCUCCCAAGUUCUCCAUCGAGCAUGAUUUCAGCCCAUCAGAUACUAUCUUACAAAUAAAACAGCACUUGAUCAGCGAGGAAAAGGCCUCCCACAUAAGCGAGAUAAAACUGCUUUUGAAGGGCAAAGUCCUCCACGAUAACCUGUUCUUAUCGGAUUUGAAGGUCACGCCUGCCAAUUCCACAAUCACAGUCAUGAUUAAGCCGAAUCCGACUAUAUCUAAGGAACCCGAAGCCGAGAAAUCCACUAACUCCCCUGCUCCUGCUCCUCCACAGGAACUCACUGUGCCCUGGGAUGAUAUCGAGGCUCUUCUGAAGAACAAUUUCGAGAACGAUCAGGCUGCGGUUAGGCAAGUCAUGGAGCGUCUACAAAAAGGCUGGUCUCUGGCCAAAUAA